AUGUUGAGACAAUCCUUUCGCCAACUAACAGCCAAACCUCUGAGCAGAGCCGUGGGAAUCAGAUAUGCUUCAGCUUUGUCUAACGCUACUGUCACCAACUUAGAAAAGAGAUGGGAAGACCUUCCAGAGACUGACCAGAAAGACAUCAUCUCACAGCUUAGUGAGAGACAAAAGUUGCCAUGGAAAGAUCUGACUUUAUCAGAGAAGAAGGCUGCUUGGUACAUUUCUUUCGGUGAAUGGGGUCCAAGAAGACCAGUGCACACUAAGGAGGACAAGUUAUACAUCUUUUGGGGUACCGUUAUUGGAAUUGUUAUUUCUGCUACCAUCUUCGGUGCGUUCCGUUACAACAGAAACGUUCCAAAGACUAUGAACAGAGAAUGGCAAGCUGCUUCCGACGAGUACUUGAAAUCUAAGAAUGCUGAACCAUUCACCGGUUACUCUCAAAUUCAAUCGAAAUAG